AUGUACGUUUAUAAAAGAGACGGUCACAAAGAACCUGUCCAAUUCGAUAAGAUCACUGCCCGUAUAUCACGCUUAUGUUAUGGUCUAGAUCCGAAACAUGUUGACGCCGUUAAGGUUACACAACGUAUUAUUUCUGGUGUCUAUGAAGGUGUUACAACGAUCGAGCUAGACAAUUUGGCCGCUGAGACAUGUGCUUACAUGACCACUGUUCACCCAGAUUACGCUACUUUGGCUGCUAGAAUCGCCAUUUCUAAUUUACAUAAACAAACCACGAAACAGUUUUCUAAAGUUGUUGAGGAUCUUUAUAGAUACGUCAACCCUGCUACUGGCAAAGCCGCUCCUAUGAUUUCCGACGAUGUUUACAAUAUUGUCAUGGAAAACAAGGAUAAACUAAACUCAGCUAUUGUCUAUGACAGAGACUUUCAGUAUAGUUACUUCGGUUUCAAAACUUUGGAACGUUCUUACUUAUUGAGAAUCAACGGUCAAGUUGCUGAACGUCCACAGCACUUAAUCAUGAGAGUCGCCCUAGGUAUUCACGGUGAAAACAUUGAGGCCGCUUUAGAAACCUAUAACUUAAUGUCUCUAAAAUACUUUACUCAUGCCUCUCCAACUUUAUUCAACGCUGGUACUCCAAAGCCUCAAAUGUCCUCCUGUUUCUUAGUUGCAAUGAAGGAUGAUUCCAUUGAAGGUAUUUACGAUACUUUGAAGGAAUGUGCUUUGAUUUCUAAAACUGCUGGAGGUAUUGGUCUACAUAUCCACAACAUUCGUGCAACCGGCUCUUACAUUGCUGGUACAAACGGGACUUCUAACGGGUUAAUUCCUAUGAUCCGUGUCUUCAACAAUACUGCCCGUUAUGUUGACCAAGGUGGUAACAAGAGACCUGGUGCCUUUGCCCUAUAUUUGGAGCCAUGGCACGCUGAUAUCUUCGACUUCAUCGACAUUAGAAAGAAUCACGGUAAGGAAGAAAUCCGUGCAAGAGAUUUAUUCCCAGCUCUAUGGGUUCCAGAUCUUUUCAUGAAGCGUGUCGAAGAAAACGGCACUUGGACUUUAUUCUCUCCUACAUCUGCCCCAGGCUUGAGUGACUGUUACGGUGAUGAAUUCGAAGCCCUAUAUACCCGUUACGAAAAAGAAGGUCGUGGUAAGACUAUCAAGGCCCAAAAAUUAUGGUACUCUAUCUUGGAAGCACAAACGGAAACUGGUACACCAUUUGUUGUUUACAAGGAUGCUUGUAACAGGAAAUCCAACCAAAAGAACUUGGGUGUUAUCAAGUCAUCUAAUUUGUGCUGUGAAAUUGUUGAAUACUCUGCUCCAGAUGAGACUGCUGUUUGUAACUUGGCUUCUGUUGCUUUGCCAGCAUUUAUUGAAACAUCUGAAGACGGCAAAACUUCUACAUACAACUUCAAAAAGCUACAUGAAAUUUCUAAAGUUAUUACUCGUAACUUAAACAACGUUAUUGACCGUAACUAUUAUCCUGUCGAGGAAGCAAGAAGAUCUAAUAUGAGACAUAGGCCGAUUGCUUUGGGUGUCCAAGGUUUGGCUGACACUUUCAUGUUGUUGCGUUUGCCAUUCGACUCAGAAGAAGCACGCUUACUAAAUAUUCAAAUCUUCGAAACUAUCUACCAUGCCUCCAUGGAAGCUUCUUGUGAAUUAGCUCAAAGAGAUGGCCCAUACGAAACCUUUAAAGGCUCCCCGGCUUCUCAAGGUAUACUUCAAUUCGACAUGUGGGACCAAAAACCAUACGGUAUGUGGGAUUGGGACACUCUGAGAAAUAACAUCAUGGAGCAUGGUAUUAGAAACUCUUUGACCAUGGCACCUAUGCCUACUGCAUCCACAUCUCAGAUCUUAGGUUACAACGAGUGUUUCGAACCAGUUACUUCCAACAUGUAUUCUCGUCGUGUCCUAUCUGGUGAAUUUCAAGUCGUCAAUCCAUACUUGUUGCGUGAUUUGGUCGAUUUGGGUAUUUGGGAUGAUGGUAUGAAGCAAUAUCUAAUCACACAAAAUGGUUCCAUUCAAGGUUUACCAAAUGUGCCACAAGAAUUGAAAGAUUUGUAUAAAACUGUUUGGGAAAUUUCACAAAAGACAAUCAUUAACAUGGCAGCCGACCGUGCCAUUUACAUCGACCAAUCUCACUCUUUGAAUUUAUUCUUGCGUGCCCCAACUAUGGGUAAGCUAACAAGUAUGCAUUUCUACGGCUGGAAGAAGGGUCUAAAGACCGGUAUGUAUUAUUUGAGAACACAAGCCGCUUCUGCUGCUAUUCAAUUCACCAUCGACCAAAAGGUUGCUGAUCAAGCUACCGAGAAUAUCGCCGAUAUCUCUAACUUGAAGCGUCCAGCAUACAUGGCUUCAAGUGCAAGUUACGCUGCCAGCGAUUUUGUGCCUGCAGCCGCCGCUGCAAACGUUACCAUUCCAUCUCUAGAUAGCUCUUCAGAAGUUUCAAGAGAUGCAUCUCCAGCUCCAGUAGGCAAUGACUCGUUGGCUAAAGGCAUCUCUGAAUUGAAGGUUCAAGAACCUAGAGUGGAAGUUCCCGAGAUACCCACACCAGUAAAGAAUGAGGAAAAAGCUGCUCCCGUUGCGGGCGAAAAAGAAAGUGAAUUUGACAUUUACAACUCUAAAGUUAUAGCAUGUGCCAUUGAUAACCCAGAAGCUUGUGAAAUGUGUUCAGGUUAA